GAGAGAGAGAAAGAGAGUGAGAGAGAGAAAGAGAGGGAGAGAGAGAGAGAGCCGGUCCUGCACGGAUUACACACGCGUCUCGUCUGCAUUUACACUCUCUCUCUCUCUCUCUGUUCCCCACCCAAACCGGGGGGCUCCUCUGUCUCUCCGCUCUGAGGGAUGCUGAUCUGAGUCCUCCACGGUUUUUAGCCGUUUAUUUUGUGCGUGGUCACUUUUUUCCGUGCCGGACGCUGAUUUUGGUCCAUCGGUCGUCGGUAAAGACCUGUGGGGCGAGAUGCUGGGCUUGGACGUGUGCGAGUUUGGGGGGCAGUUUCUUGAGCUGCUCUGGCUGACAGUUUGCUACAGAGGCCUAAUGGCAGAUAAAGAGAGCACAGUCCCUGUGGGUGAGGAGGUGGAUGAGACUGACCUGAACUACAAGCCCCCCGCCCAGAAAAGCCUGCAGGAGAUCCAGGAGCUGGACAAGGAUGACGAGAGCCUCAACAAGUACAAGCAGACUCUGCUGGGGUCCGGCCCUGUGGUGUCAGAUCCCACUGUUCCUAAUGUUCAAGUGACGAGGCUGACACUGAUCUGUGAUCAGGCCCCUGGACCCAUCACCAUGGACUUAACAGGUGACCUUGAUGCUUUGAAGAAACAGAACUUCACCAUGAAGGAGGGAGUGGAUUACAGGGUGAAGAUCCACUUUAAGGUCAAUAGGGACAUCGUGUCUGGGCUGAAGUAUGUGCACUUGACCUACAGGAAAGGCCUUCGAGUGGAUAAAGCUGUGUACAUGGUGGGCAGCUAUGGGCCGAGGGUGGAGGAACAUGAGUUCAUCACCCCGGUGGAGGAGGCGCCCAAAGGCAUGAUCGUCCGGGGCACCUACCACAUCAAGUCUUACUUCACAGAUGACGACAAGACGGACCACCUGUCCUGGGAGUGGAACCUGCAGAUCAAGAAGGACUGGGACAGCGCGGAGUAAAGCAGCUCCCUCUCUCUGUCCCGCGUGCACCUGCGCCGCUGCAUAGGGCCUGACCGCAUGUAGGAAAGGUGCACGGAGAGGGGUUUACGCUGGGCUUAGCUGUGGAACAGGGUUGGGUUCAAGAAUGUAUCUUUUGUUACUAUACGAGGGUGAAAUUAAUGCAAAUAUAAGGACUAUUAGAGCUGGACCAGUUUUCCCAGAGCAGGUUGUGUAGUGUAAUGUGCAGGAUUUGAUUGGCCGACGGGUUCGAGAUAAAGUGUCUGUGUAAUUUCGUCAGAUUUCUGGGACUGAAAAGUCGAAGCCUGGAUGUUAACACUCAACAGGACAGUCAGACUGUAAAACUACACACACUGCAGAUUCAUACUGGAUUAAAAUCACUCCACAAUUAUUACUGUCAGACUGUAAAACUACACACACUGCAGAUUCAUACUGGAUUAAAAUCGCUCCACAAUUAUUACUGUGAGACUGUAAAACUACACACACUGCAGAUUCAUACUGGAAUCCCAGAUCUCGUCCGUAAUCAGUUAAAUUAUAGAGCCUGCCCUGGUAAAAUGAAUCCAGCUCCAAUAGGACUACACAGUGCGUAAUUAUUAGGGUCCAAGGGAUGGUAGGGAAAUACGUAUAUAUGCGACGACUCGCCGGGUUUUCGAGAUGAAUUUCCUAAAGAACAUGUUAUCAGCUGUAUAAACGACAGACAAAAUUCCUCGCGCCUGUACUCUCAGGUUAGUUCGUGUUUUGAACUGUAAAUGUAUGUAUUAUGACGUCCGUAUCCUUCGCGUUUAAGGUUCUUUCCGGAGCUUCAGAGCAGAACGGUGCAUGCGUGAGUGUGAAAUGAUCGUGCAGUGGCUUCUGUACUGACUCUGUAGUCAGACCGUUGUGAAUAACUGUGGGUUUUCGCAGAGAUUAAAGGAAUAUUUCAGCGUUUUUUAAUCCAGUGUCUGUUUGGCCCCAUAUGUAUCGUACCAUUGAUUAACACAGACAGUCACUGUGUCACUUCAGCACCUGCCCAUUGGCUUCUGUUAUAUGUUUGUUCCCCACACAUAUACAUUUGUUGAUAUAUAUAUAUAUAUAUAUA